AUGACCACUACACACCUUCCCGUCCUAACGCUGGACUCCUACGAUAAUCCCCCACCGAUAGUAUUAAUGCCUCCCUCCGACGGUUCUUCUGUCACCACCGGCGCUAGCGCCGCCGUUAGCAUCGCCAACCCCAAAACCUCCUCGCCCCUGACCCUCCACCCCCCCUCGGAAGCCGAGAUUAGACUAUUACGGCUGAAGAACCGCUCACCCAAGGCGCCAGCCCAUGCUCACCCGAUCCCGUCAAUGCAAAAUGCCUUCAACGAAUCCUUGGUCGAGGCGACGAGAGGUCCAGCUGAUAAGCCCAAGCUUCGCCAGUACGAUGCAAAAACUCGCCGAGAGCGCCUCAUUGCCCAAGAGAAGAACGAAGAGCCGCAUUGUUUGCGGUGGCGGUACCGACCCGGUCAGACACAGCAUGAGCUACGUAAGCUCAUGUCUCAGAUAUCAUUCGGCAUGAACUUGCUUUUGAACGGAAAGGCGAAUAGCGAUGACCAGGUUGUGUCCAUUAUUCAAGGACACAUCGACGAGAUUGACGAGUUCCUCGAAGUCGCGCUCGAGGAUUUCCAACAAGCUGCCACCGACCUCUCUGGACGCAUAAAAUACCUACGGUUGCCCCUUGACCAUCUCGAGGUUUUCGAGAAGCUACUCGAGGAUCGUAAUUAUCGCGCCGAACUAAUCCAAAACAACGAGGUCAUUGAACAUAUUCUCAAUCGGACCGCGUCCAUGGCCGACCAGUAUGAGAACGACUUUGCCGAAGGUCUCCGCUCUACCCAGGAUUUCAUCGCGUAUCUCUCCGAACAACGUAAUAGCCCGAGGCGAAGCCAAUACCCCGACAUUGACGACAUUUACAACGCGAUGAACGGUAACACGGACGGGUGGCAGAGGGCCUUUAAAGAUCUGCAGCACCGAGCAAGCAAACUGGACGAGUUGUCCACUGAACUUUCAACCAUGGUUGCUGAGAUGCAGAAAAAGGCUGGUGAGGUUAGCCGCAGGACAUGGAUCAACAUCGAGCCAUUUAGCCUCCCUCAAGUUAGCAGCGUUCGAUUGAGCCAGCAGACAUCGCCUGCGUCUAGCCCCCCCCCCUCCGUUAUGUCUAACAGAAGUCCAGCAUCUUCGAACAGCGUGGGCGAAUCGAUCACGGCCGCUCACGCGCCCAUGAACUCGAUCCAGUUUAAUAGGCUGACCAUCACGGCUCAGCUCGGCCCAGCGUUGGAAAAUCCAUUCGAUGAUUUGAAGUAUAAUACUCGACGCCAAGAUGACGCAAUCUCUGAAGAGUCAUCGACUCAUGAAGAGGUUGUCACGACUGCCGCCGACGACUACGUAUAUCACGAAGUUAAUGACGACGCAAAGGAUCAGACCAUUGGUGAUACGGAUGGGGGCGAAGGCCAGGACAGAGAAGAGCCUAAUGACGGUCCUAGGGAAGGCGAUAACGAGGAUGAUACCUAUGGCUCCCUGUACAUCCUGCAGCCUCGCACUUAUACGCCGAGACUUCCCGCGCCGCUUCCUUCUCCUGCAGUCAAGGAGUACACGCCAGCAGAAACCGUGGAGCCUUUAUCUCCCAACUCCCCCAAUUUGCGAGACUCAUUCUCACCCAGGACGACCAUCAGGGGGUCCGUCGAACAGCAGCCUGCCUCCACUCCAGGUCUGCCUAAGCGAUCGUCCUUACGUCAGAGAGUUUCGCUCAAGGCAAAUCCACCCGAGUCAAUCAAGAUCCCUCCGCCCCACGUUAUGAGGUCAACGCCACAACUCCGAGAAUCAAUUCGAGACCAACCAACCCAGCCACCCCUCCCACCACCAGACUCUGCGUAUGGAUCGGACAUCGACCUGCGGAACCGAGCAAGCGCCGCGAUUCCCGAGCCCUCUCCCCCCAUUUUCACCCACACCAUGCCAUCACCGUUAUCUGACCGGCAGAUCUAUCACCCAGUUCAGGCCAGUCCCCACUCGCCGUUGCAGCAACGGCCGCAUACGUCAUACAAUGCCUUUCCCGCGAGGCAGGGCACCAAUUCCGGAUACUAUCCUAGCCACACGCGGAACGUGCCUUCACGGGCUGGCGGUGCUAGCAUGUUGAGUAAAGUUACGACACUUACAUAUGACUCGAGCACUACCCAGGGCGGCAAGGGCGAGAAGCGUCUCAAGAAGAAGAAGAGCGCCUUUGGCUGGCUAAAGAAGGCUUUCUCGCUCAGCGAGGAGGAAAAAGCGGCGUUCGAAGCUCGAAGGGCGGCACAGGAUCGCAACCUCUACUACGAAAAUCGCAGCAACAAGUUCCUCGACGGCCGGAGGGUCCGCCAACCAGGUCAGCCUGAUCACCGAAGCCCGUCGAACUCGACAUAUCAAGCCUCGACCUACCAGGCAUCGGUGUACCCGCAGUCGCAAUACCAGAAUUCUAAUUACCCAAAUUCCGCGUACCAACAUUCAAUGUAUCACGAGUCGACGGGAUACCCGAGCCCGACCGGCUAUCACUGA